AUGCUUGUGAUCGAGCUGUCAGUUGAUGGAGUGGCUUGUCAUGGCUUCUUUUAUUCCCAAGCUGUGGGAGGCUUCAUGAUGAUAGAAACUCCCCUCGCGUCGCCUCGAACAACUAAACCUCUCAAACUCCAUCUCACAGAAUUCCUUCUGCUAGUGAAAUAUGUAAGUAAAUGUCUCUACGUGAAAGUGAAAUACGUCAGUUAAUGUCUGUAUGUCAAAGUGAAAUAUGUAAGUAAAUGUCUGUAUGUCAAAGUGAAAUAUGUAAGUUAAUGUCUGUAUGUGAAAGUGAAAUAUGUUAGUUAAUGUCUGUAUGUCAAAGUGAAAUAUGUAAGUAAAUGUCUCUACGUGAAAGUGAAAUAUGAAAGUAAAUGUCUGUAUGUCAAAGUGAGAUAUGUAAGUAAAUGUCUGUAUGUCAAAGUGAAAUAUGUAAGUUAAUGUCUGUAUGUCAAAGUGAAAUAUGUAAGUUAAUGUCUGUAUGUGAAAGUGAAAUAUGUUAGUUAAUGUCUGUAUGUCAAAGUGAAAUAUGUAAGUAAAUGUCUGUAUGUCAAAGUGAAAUAUGUAAGUAAAUGUCUGUAUGUCAAAGUGAGAUAUGUAAGUAAAUGUCUGUAUGUGAAAGUGAAAUAUGUAAGUUAAUGUCUUUAUGUGAAAGUGAAAUAUGUAAGUAAAUGUCUUUAUGUGAAAGUGAAAAAGGUAAGUUAAUGUCUGUAUGUCAAAGUGAAAUAUGUAAGUAAAUGUCUGUAUGUCAAAGUGAAAUAUGUAAGUAAAUGUCUUUAUGUGAAAGUGAAAAAGGUAAGUUAAUGUAUGUAUGUCAAAGUGAAAUAUGUAAGUAAAUGUCUGUAUGUCAAAUUGAAAUUUUGAAGUAAAUGUCUCUACGUGAAAGUGAAAUACGUCAGUUAAUGUCUGUAUGUGAACGUGAAAUAUGUAAGUAAAUGUCUGUAUGUGAAAGUGAAAUAUGUAAGUAAAUGUCUGUAUGUCAAAGUGAAAUAUGUAAGUAAAUGUCUGUAUGUCAAAGUGAAAUAUGUAAGUAAAUGACUGUAUGUCAAAAACCUGAACGCUAAUGACCAGACGGGGAACGAUUCCCAGAUUCCUAUCGACGUUGACGACGCCGAUGGGACGGCAAGUGUGGACCGCGCUGGUGCCCGUUUGGUCAUAUUCACUAUUGAGAACGGCACGUCUGGUUUGUUUGAACCAACACAAACUGACCACGACAAUACCUACUCCCCGCUGCUCACUACCGUGUACGACCGUGAAAAUCCAGGGUAG